AUCCAUGCAGCAGAAAGUGUCAGUCUUAAUUCAACACCCAAUCGGUUAGCGCAACUCGCAGAAAAAUGUUUCGCUUCGUUUUCAUUAUUUUGUUGCAUUACAUAUUAAUAUUCCAAAUCGGGUCUAGUUUUGGUCAUCGUGACGAUGGAAGUACGGUGUGCGAUUGCAAUUGUAAUUGUGAUCUGAAAAUAGAAGUCGUUAAUGGUGAACUCAACGAAAAUGUGCAUGAGAGCGAUGAUAAAAUCGACACUAAAGCAUCGAACAUCGAAAAGCAUUUACUUGCGAAUCGUGUAUCAAAACCGUCUAGUUGUAUGGAAGCAGCAGCUAACAGCUCGAAAAGUGGCAUUUUUAAAAUACAAUUAAAAAAUACUGAUGUCACCGACUUGGAGGUGUUUUGUGAAAAUGACGUUGCUUCUGGUGGAUGGUUAGUUAUACUACGGCGUCGAAGUACCUCUGUGAAUUUUAAUAGAAGUUGGCAUGACUAUAAAGAGGGAUUUGGCGACUUAACAGGAAACUAUUGGAUCGGUUUGGAAACCUUGCACGCGCUCACCAGCAGCUGUCAGCAGGAAUUGUAUGUUCAAAUGAAAGCAAGCAAUGGUACAGUAUACUACGCAAAAUAUGCAGAAUUUCAUAUUGCUUCUGAGUCAGAAAGCUACGCUUUGAAGAGAUUGGGUAAUUAUAGCGGAGAUGUUCGUGAUUACCUCAGAUAUAAUUUGGGAAUGAAAUUUUCAACGAUUCAUCGGGAUAAUGAUAAUUGGUCCGUGAGUUGCGCACAAUUAGCGCAUGCCGGUUGGUGGUUUAACGGUUGUAGUAAAGUUUUGCUAACUGCAGUCUACGAUCAAGAUAGUCAUUUAUUCUGGGGUGGCAUAAACUUAUCAUUUGCGCAAAUGAUGAUACGACCAACACAAAAUUGCCUUAACCAGUUGAGGUUGAGCGAAUUAAAUUAACGUGUCUAAAGAAAUUGUAUUUGUGUUAUUAAUCAAAAUGCGUUGUGUAUCACAAGAAUUAUGUGAAUUAAUUUGAAAAUAUACAUAUGUAUAUUCCAACUACUAACCUUUUAAA